CUAGGAGCUUUUACUAGUUGACUUUAGUUUGGAAUUUAACUCGUUUUGUCGGCGUCGCCGUUUAUUAGUGCGGUCGAUAGAAAAGCGGGCUUUUCCAGCGAAAAAUCGACAUUUUCUCGCAGUGCGUAACUGUGAAAAGUGCCUGUUGUGGCUUAGUGGCUGGGCACCAAGAGAAACACCUGCGCACUCGCUCGACGCUAUCCAAACUGCAAUGGGGAUUUGUUGGAAAAUUAUUAAAAUUAGGCAUUGUGGCCCACACCCAAGUUAACUGCGAAAAGGCCACAGGUUCGACACACCUUUCCCAUAGCGUGCCAUGUCCAAGUUUUCCAAGACCAGAAUGUAAACAGCAAAAUAUUGAUCCAGGAAAAUAGUUGAUCCACAUGCUACGCACCAGAUACUCUAACAAAUGCGCUCGACGGGAAAAGUGAGCUUUCCACCUUACUUGUUGAUUGUAAUGUAAACUUUGCCCAAAAAAACCGAGUGUUGUGCUUUAGUGUUGGUUGUUACGUUAUGUGCAAGUUUUGUGAUCAAUGAUGGUAGUUUGGUGGUAAAAUGGCAGCUAGUGAAGUGAAGCCUUUGUAUUCGACAUGUGUGGCCGUUUUGGGAUUCAUUUGCUUUGUUGUCGGGGCUACAGCAGUCGGAAUACCCAUGUGGGGAUACUUUGGAACACCUGGAUGGGGAGUUGGAGAUGACAAUGGAUACUUUGGACCUUGGAAAACCUGCAAAUUCCUGCUCUACAAUAGGGAAAGGUGUGAGGAAGGCGUUUCAAGAUUCCGGGCAUCUGUUGCUGUUUGGGUGGCCGGACUAGUCGCAUCCAUAGCUGUGGUAGUGCUGGGCAUUUUCUGUAUUCUCAGUGUCUUGCAGCUGGCCAUGAUCAACUCCAAAGAACAAGUAGUGUUAAAAUACAGCGCCACAGUCCUCACUAAGGUCGUAAUGGCCUUUGUAUCAGCUCUACUUGCAAUUGUAGCGGCCAGUCUAUUUGCAACUCAAAUUGACGAUGAAAGAAAUGGCUUUGAAGUUACCAGAGGACCAGGGUUUUAUCUAGAAGUUUUAUCGAUAAUUCUCAAUUCCUGCCUAUGUGUUAUGUCCCUUUAUGACAUGUUUUUCUCCCGACGGGAAGGAGGCGAUCCGACAACAACGUCGAUGCCCGUCGAACCCACAACGUAUGGAAAUCCAGGAUUUCGGGAUCGAGGCACGAAUGGUGGCAUUUCCAUGACGGACGCCAGUGGAAAACCUUAUACAGGGGCGUCCAAUGGAUCGAUGGCUUCCAUGAACACCACAUCCACCACAUUGGGUUCGACUAAUGGGUCCACUGUAGGGUCUUCCAUUGGAACUGCAAGGUCGCCACUACGGAGCAGCUUAAAGAAACCUAAACCGAAAGAUGGAUUGGGAAUCCAAAAUCCUGGAUUCAGUGGAACUUCUCCCACACUAAAUCGUAAUGGAAGCACGAAGAAAGUGCGCAUACAGACUCACAGUACCGAAGUGUAAUUAGCCAAAAUUCGCACACUUUAGAAAACGUUCCAAUGUGGUUAAUACAGGGUGUUUUAGUGGCAACCGUUCAAUCGUUGUUAUAAUCAAUUGAUAUUUUCGUUAUAAAACUUGUCUUUGUUACACAUUUAUUAAAUGUUUAGGCCUGCUUUAACUAAACGUGUCCAUUUUCUAGUCUAUCUGGAAAUUAUCUUUGUGUAUUUACUUUAUUCCUUUGUUAUAUUUUGUAUAGUUAUUGCUUUACUAGUCCGGGUAGCAAUUAAAUAAACAACCGGUAGAGAAAUAUUAUUUUAAAGCACACCAGAAAGUAAGGAUCAAGAGGCGAUACGCAAUUUAUUUUAUUUAUUGUUCGGGUAUCAAACUAAUCGUUUGGUGUAUUUCUUCGUUUACAGUGUGUUAAUUUAUCCAAAGAUAGGAAGGUUGAGUUUCUCCUGAGAAAAGCUUUACACACUAAACAUGAUUAGUUCUUUCCCCGACUUGUAUAUAAUAGUAUAUUAAGAAUUUACAUUCCCUAUCCGUCCAUUUUGUUCAUAAUGUUUAUUAAGUUUUAAGAAAUUCUUUUUUGGACAUUAUUUAGCGUUUUAUCUGCUGUUGGUUUUCUGUGUUAACACAUCUAUAUAUUUUAUAUAAAGCGACUAAACCAGCAAACUGAACUUGAAAUGUUGCUCGUUGUUCUGGCAGUACGAAGGAAAAACUGGCCCAGAAUUUUGGAAAAAUCCACCCAAAAUGGUUGUGAAGUUGUUCAAUGUAGAAUCAGCUCCUAGUUCUGAGUGGUGAGCUUGAGUCGAACAACAGAUUGUUUUAUUGGUUUUCUCUUCAAACCCGAAAAACAUGAAAUAAUUGUGGCCGAAAUCUGGCUCGUAAUGUAUUGUUAAUAGUAUUUUGUCAUGUAUUUUAUUAUGUAAAUGUGGUUUUUAUAAAUCUUGUGAUACGAAGCAAAAUACAAAUCUGAAUUUAA